UUCUAUAUUCUGAAAGUUUCACGGGGAAAUGCGUAUCAAAUUCAGUUCACGAGGAGGCGGGUUUGAUUAGUGAAAGUUUUUACUAACUGCAGGUUCGUCAAAGUAGAGGGGAUUUUCUAACAGAAAUUUUAUUCACAAAAUGAACGAAACCUCGAGUCCGUAUGGUAAGGACUUUUUCCCGGACCUUCCUUCGUGGGAAGUGCACAUUUUCUUCGUCUGGUUCGCCGUAGCAAGUAUAAUUAUCGUGAGCUUAAACACCGGAAUCUGCAUUCUGGUUUGGACACAAAGAAGACUGCGGAAUACAGGAAACUUAUAUUUUGUUAACUUGGCUAUUGCUGAUGUCUUGGUCGGCAUUGUAGCUAUACCGUGGAAACUGCUUCAUUACGUUGUCUCACCUACGCCGCUAUGGAUUCUUUUACUUGCAACUGUUGUAGACUAUGUCCUUUCUUUGUCGUUUCUCAGUAUUUGCGCGUUGACGUACGAUAGAUAUCGAGCUAUUAUCUACCCGCUAACUUACCCUUCCAAGAUGGCGUUAAGAAACAGCUGGAAACGAUUGCUUUUAAUUUGGACUGUUCCUUGUUUGAAUUUCUUUCGCGUGAUUUGGAUGACCUCGCCGCAUAUCUCCUUUACCAAGUUUGACAGAGCAUUCAGUUUUUUCCUUUUUUCCUGCAUGGUACUUGCAACUGGCGGAGUGAUCUUCGCUUAUGUCAGAAUAUUUCUAGCGGCUAGAAUUCAAGAACAUCACCAGAGAGAAGUAAGAAAGUGUUCGAUCAAGAGACUGAAUCGACGGAUAAAACAUAAAUUCACUAAAGCGAUCAGAUCUUGUCUAGGGGUUACAAUUUGCUUCCUUUGUUGUUGGUUACCGAGGGGUUCGUAUUUGAUAGCAAGGAAAUCUUUCCUAUCGUCUCGGUACGAAUACGACUUAAUAACUUUUGGUCUCAUGUGUUUCUCUCCAAUUUUAAAUCCAAUCAUUUAUUCAAUCUGUAACCGAGACGUCCGAAGAACUUUGAAAGUUAUACUUUGGAGGAGAGGUCGGGAAAGCGCUCGAUCGAAAAAGGAAAAUAUUCAGAACUCGUUUGUGAGCUCACAAAGAACAGCAACUGCAAGCAGCAGAGAAACAUAUGCAUUGUCUCAAUAUAAUAAUUUGUGACUAAUUUAAUCUAAGACCACAGUCAUACCACUUAGUGGCUUGCUGAUUUGACAAUUGAAAUUUAUUGCCAUGUAAUGUCCUAAAAGCAGUAUACAUAACUUUGACAAACGAAGCAAGAAAGGCUCUAUAAUUUUGUGAUCUUUUCUUCUUUUUAUCUUCUUCUUUUAAUUUCAGUGAAGCCUUGAAUGCGCUGCAAGGUUUUUAUUUCCAUUUCAGAAAAAGUGCGUUCAACAAAAGGUAGAAUAUACGGUUAUAAGAGCCU